AGGGUCAAAAGCUGUGAUGAUGAAGUUUUGCAAUGGGUAUGGCAGCAGAAUCGCAGUUUCAUGUUUUAGCUGUUGAUGAUAGUUUAUUUGAUCGGAAACUUAUAGAGAGAUUGCUUCAAAAGUCUUCGUGUCAAGUAACUACUGUUGAUUCUGGCUCAAAGGCUUUGGAGUUUCUGGGUUUAAGACAAGGUAUUGAUAGUAACGACCCAAAUGCGCUUUCUACGGCUCCUGUUAAUCACCAGGUAGUUGAAGUGAAUCUUAUAAUUACAGAUUAUUGUAUGCCUGGCAUGACUGGUUAUGAUUUGCUCAAGAAAGUCAAGGAAUCAUCAGCUUUUAGAGACAUUCCAGUAGUUAUCAUGUCCUCUGAGAACGUUCCUGCAAGAAUCAGCAGAUGUUUAGAAGAAGGAGCUGAAGAGUUUUUCUUGAAACCAGUAAGAUUGGCUGAUCUUAACAAGUUGAAACCUCAUAUGAUGAAAACAAAGUUGAAGAACCAGAAGCUGGAGGAGAUUGAGAAAACUUCAAAUGUCGAAAAUGGAGUCCCCACUGCAGUAGUUGAACCAGAGAUUAAAGAUUCAACAAAAGUUGAAAUCGAAAUCUUGCCUCUGCAACAAGAUCUGCUAUUAGUACAACAAGAGGAGCAAACAUCGAGUACCAACAACAAGAGGAAGUCAGUGGAAGAAGGGAUUUCAACUGAUAGAGCACGACCUAGAUUUGACGGUAUCGCAACCGCUGUCUGAUCUACCGCUAUAAUGCUGCUUUUUCCGGUUUCUGAUUUAGAGUUUUGUAGAUUGUCGUAGGAAUGCUUCUACGGGUACAAUACAUGGUUUCAGUAGGGAACGCAGAGAGGGGGAUAUGAUGAUGAUGUAUGGGGAUAAUGUUUAUAAGUACAUCAGUAAAUCUUACAUGGUGAAUAAUCCAAUUCCCAGUUU